ACAAUUCAAAAUGCUCUUAAGUAUAAUAAAAAGUUAUACUAUUCAAGUACUUUAGAGUUUAAGAAGAUUAGUUCUUUAAUGAAUACUUACAAAGCUAAAGAUAUUAUAAUAUCAAAACAAUAUGGUAUUAAGAAUGUGCAAGAUCCCAAGGAACAAGCUGUGCUUCUUGGUAUCGCAUCCUCAAUUAUGCCAAUAUUAUUGACCAAAUAUUCAGAUCUUCUUGUAGAAGAAUUUAAUGAAAGGAAAGUUACUAUUUUAAAUAUAGAGAAACUUCAGGAUGCUGUUGGGAUAAUGAAGUCAAAUACUGCGAGGAUUAUUACAUCUUAUUUUCAAAUAUAUUGGUUUGGUAAUUGGCAUGCUGCUACUGAACUAAACGAUGAUGAACUAGAUGACAAUAAUAUUCAACAUGCUGCUUCUGAACUAGACAAUAAUAAUGUUAGUAAAGAAAGCUCAAGAUUAUCUGAGAGCUAA